UUUUUGUCGACCAGUCGGACUCCUUUAAAGGCGGGGCGCGUUUUGGGUGUCGCAGCGUUUACGGCCCCCAACAAAAUGGCAUCAGAGAGGAGCGCUGAGUCCGAGAUCGAGGUCCUUGAGGCGAUCUAUUUGGACGAACUUCACCUGACCCACGACCCCAACAGUGCUGAGCCCUGGCAGGUCAGCAUCACUCUGUUUCCUUCAACAGCUGAGGACCCAGAAUCCCAGUUUGUGAGGCUGACUCUGCAUCUCUCGCUGCCUGCACAGUAUCCAAAUUCUGUUCCAAAGAUCUCAAUUCAGAAUCCAAGAGGGCUUUCGGACGAAAAAAUUCGGAGUCUGGAUCACAGUCUGAGGCAGUUGGCUGAGUCUUCAGUAGGAUGUCCUGUCUUGUAUGAGUUGAUAGAGAAAGGGAAGGAGAUUUUGACCAAUAACAACGUGCCUUAUGGACAGUGUGUAAUCUGUCUCUACAGCUUCCAGGACAGCGAUGCUCUCACCAGGACUGGCUGCUACCACCACUUCCACUCUCACUGCCUGGGGAGAUACAUCCAGCACAGCGAGAGGGAGAGAGACGAGAGGAGGAGAGAGGAGAGGAGAGACCGCACAGGAGGGUGCGAGGAAGAGGAGGAGAUGAAAGUCUUGUGUCCCGUGUGCAGAGAACCGUUCACCUACGACCUUGCUGCUCUGGAGGGGACCCCAGCACCCCAGUUCCCUGUGGAAGAGUUCACUGUGGGGGAGGAGCUACGGAAGAGAUGGGCAGAGCUGAAGAAGAUUCUGGAACGCCAGAGGGAAAGGGGCGGGGUUAUUGACCCAGAGGCGGAGCGAAACCGGUUCCUCAUUCGUAUUCAGGAGGUCUCGCCAGAAGACCGCACCAGAGAGCCAGACUUGCAGAUCCCAGACCAAAUCCCUUCCGACUCCACAGCCAAUCGGCUAUCGGCAGCAUCGCAGGGCAGCCAAUCAGAGGCCUCCCUGCCUGGGGGGGAGCCCCAGCGACCCGACCAAUCACGGGCCGGGAAUUCCAAACCGCAGAACAACUCCGGCAACCAAUCGAAAUCGACAGCCAGAUACCACAACCAGGAACGACCAACGGACAGCCAACCACAGGGCAGGGGCCCCAGGAGGCAGGGCCAAUGGGAGGGAGGAGGGAGGUGGAAGGCCCGCCCACGUCAGCCCCAGAUCUUCCCAUCUGAAACGCAGAGCCAGUCAGUGAAGCCUCCUCGGACGAACAGCCAGUCGGAGGGCAAGGGGCUGGAAAAGGGCGUCCAGUCGGAAGGGAGGAUAGCGGUUGGAAAUUCCAGAGAUGGACGGAGAGGGUUUUCCGGAUUUGAGGAAUGUCCUGCGGCCUCGGAUUUUGACCGCAGAACCCGGAAGGAAGGAUUUCGGAAUUUGGAAUUGGGAGGGAGAGGGAAGGGAAGGGAGAGAAACUUCAGGAAAAACUGGGAUAUCAUAGACCAGAGUGGGACAGGAGAGGCUUGGAGGCCAGGGAAGCAGGCUGAGAGGGUAGAGAGGACAGAUUCGGGUAAAAGCAACCAAUUGAGAGAGCUGGAUAAAACGAACCAAUCGGAGAGCUUAGAGACGAGAGCUUCCGAUUGCAGUAACCAAUCGCGGACAGGAGGGGUCCCGAAAUACCCGAACCAGUGCAAAAGAGAUUCAGACCAAUCCGAGAAGGCGAUUAACAAGAGUGACGGCUGUGGCGGCCAAUCGGAUGCAGCCGAGGAGACCGGGAGCCAAACCGACCAAUCGGGAGCAAAGAAGGGCUUCUCGGGGAGAGAUUCGGACCAAUACCGAGGCGGUGUUUGGAAACGGGAUGAUAUGAACCCAUCGGAGAAGGAGGGAUGGAAGAGGGGGCUGGAGGGGUGCAGAUUGGGGAGAGGAGGAUGGGGGAGGAGAGAGGGAGAGGGGUUAAGCCAGUCGGAGUCACUCAAGCGCGUCACGGGCAAGGAUGAAUGA